UAUUAAUCGUUGGUUGACCUACUUUCCGACAAACUCGAUGAAUCCUUAUCCCCGAAAAUGAAUCAACAUUAUUGUUUUUCCUAAAAUUUGUUUGUGCAAAUCUUAUGCAAUAAAACUCCCAUGUGAUUCCGAUGUUGAGGUUGCAAAUAUGCAUUGCAGUAAUGUAACCAAUUGAGUUUUAUUCAUCAUGCCUAAAGCAAAAACACCAUUAUUUGUUUGUGACCUCUGUGGCUUCAAGGUUGCCAGUGAGUAUAUCUUAAAGAGACAUCUAAAUAAGUGCUUUUCAUUAAAUGGCUUGGCCUCUAUAAAACCAUCUCUUUACAAGUCCUUCCUACUAAAAGAAUCAGGAGGACUGCUAAGCAAAGAAGGUACUUCUGAAGAAACUGUUGAGGCAAAAAGCUGUGAUGAUGGCAGUUUGAAUGAGUCCCAUCAAGAAAAACAUUUAAAUUUGACUUUAGGGGAGAUCAGCAAUGAUUCUGUCAAAUUGCAACAAAAUUUAAAGAAUAUGGAAAACCCUGAAACUGUUGGGGAAAGUUCAAAUACAGAGGAACUGCUACCACCAACACAUUACAACAGACAUUUUAACUGCACUGAGUGUCGCUAUGAAACAACUCAUGCAAGACAAUUUUAUUAUCACAAGCGUGAUAUACAUGGUAACACUACUAAAAUAUUUGAAUGCCAUCUGUGUUCAUUUGCAUCUCUUUAUGGCAAAAAACUGGAGAGGCAUAUGGUUUGGCACUCAGCUGUUACUGAUGCUGAAAAAGCUACAUCUCCUUCACAAUUUUUAUCCACUAUAAGAACUGAUGACCAUGGUACUGAACAAGCUGGUAGACCCAAAAUAAAACCUUUGACACUUAAACGAUUGAAUGUAAAGAUGCCCUUCAAGAUCUCAAAGAUGAAAAGUAAACUCAAGUUGAUGAAAGAUGGUGUUCAUUUUAAGUCCAGGGGCAAACGUAUGUAUAUCAAGAGUGCUCCAGACAGCCGUAAACAGGUUUCAAGGAUGGUUCUUCAACCAGACGGAUCCUAUCACUAUCAGUGUACAGACUGCCUGUAUUAUGCUGCCAUUCCAAGUAGUGUUAAAAAGCAUCACAUGCUUUGCCACAUCCGCCUUCUUUGUUGUCCACAUUGCAACAUGACUACUAGAAGUCAGGGUAUUUAUUACGAACACUUAGUAACACAUGAAGGACAUGGCUAUAUGAAGUGUCCAGAUUGUUCCUAUGUGACUGGUGCAAGAUCAAACUUUGAAAAACAUAGAUCUUUUCAUACUGAUGGUUAUCCAGUGAAAUGUUCAGUGUGUAACUUUGGCGCUGAGUCAGAGAGCAAAAUUAAACGUCAUGUAGCAACUCAACAUAUGCCAGAUAAUGGCUCCCACCAGUCAGUAAUGGAGGAACCUGCUGCUGUGACAGAAGAGGCAGCUGAUAACCAAUCCUUUUCUAAAGAUAACUGGGAGAGUCAACCAUCUAGUGCUGUAGCUGAGAGUCUACAAGAAGAUAUGAAUAAUUUUGUGCAGCCUCAAACCCUCAGCAGUCAAGAUAAAAAGGAAUCCAUAGAUGAAGAUAGUUAUGAGUACAGGUGUCCUAAAUGCCCAAUGAUCUGCUACAGGCGUGGAAAUUUUACACGACACUUGACAGCCAAGCAUAAAUAUAACCAGUCUAUGGCCGCCACAUUAAGUAAAAACAUGGAAAGUCUGCUUUUAAAGGACCUUAAGAGAAGCGUGGGAACAUCAAUAAAUCCUAAAUCCAAAAAAAGUUUAACAUUGGAGAGCCACAAGUGUUCUCAUUGUUCUUACAUAGCUAAAUGGCCAAGUGACUUGCGCAGACAUAUGCAGGUGCAUACUAUAGCUAAGAGGUUCAAAUGCACUAUGUGCACUAACAAGUACAAAUAUUUAGGUGACCUUAAUGUUCACAUGCGUAGAGAUCACAAUAUGGAACCCCCGGAAAAUGUAGCCAGAGAAUUCUCCAAUCUUAAUGUCAUUAAGAAAGCAUCACCUGUAGCUUUUCGCUGCCCUAUCUGUCUGUAUAUUACACAUACAAAAGCGGGCCUGGAGCAACAUACACGUUGCCAUGGUAACAUAGACAAAACAUAUCAAUGUCGCAUGUGUGAGUAUCAGACAUACUGGCGUGGAGAUGUUGGUAGACAUCUAUUCCGGCAUCACAACAUCAUCCUGAGUAAAGAAGCAGAAGAGUUAGGAGAUCAUUUCAUUUACCGUCCAGAAAUCAAACCCUUAACCAAACAAACUAAUGGUGGAUACUUAAAGUUCCCAAGUCCUUCAGCUUCUGAUUCUGGGCAAAUAAAUCCAGAUGAUAUGCAAGAGAACUCUGAAUUUUUAAAAGAAGGAACACCUGAGAGUUCUAAAAGUUCUUCUAGUAAUGCUAAAGAUAUUUUCAGCAAAGUCUCAUCAAAAGAUGGUGUUUUUUACUGUGAGUAUCCAGAUUGUGAUUUCAAAGCAAGCAUAGCAGAACGCAUGACAGUUCAUUUAGGUGUUCACAUGAAUAUAAAAAUGUUUGUUUGUCCAACCUGUGGCAAGAGGACAAAUUGGAAGUGGGACAUAGUAAAACACUUGCAUAAGGUUCAUAUGAAUCCCUCCGCUGGUGUAGAAGAUGUGAUAACACUGUCAGUUGAAGAAGCCAAAGCCACAAUAGAUGAGUACAAUUUUAAGAGGGAAAAUAAGAGUAAGACUAAGAAACCAGUGGUCAGCUUUUGCUCUUUGUGUGACUUCAAGUCUUCCAACAGGCACCAUGUUGCCAAACACAUUGAAGUGAUGCAUCCGAACGAGGAUGGAACUAUCCUAACAAGACCUUUGGGUGAAGCAGUCCAGGGUUAUGAUCACCUUGAUGAAGCUGAACAGCUGAAAGAUGAUGAUGCAUUAAAUGGUAUUGAAACUGCAGAGAUACAGAAGUUUGUGGAACCACUUCCAGAAGAAUUAGCAAAAUUUGAAAAACCAUAUGCUUGUGCUAUAUGUAAAAAAGUUGGUUCAACAAAGGGAGAUGUGAAAAAACAUUAUAACUACACUCACCCCUACAAGGAUGUUAGGAUAUUAUAUCUUGGCGAUGGAACAGAGUUUAAUUACUACACAGGGGACAUUUACUCAAAGCCAUUAAAAGUGGAUACACUUAUGGAGACAAUGGAGACAAAAACCACUCCAAAUUCUGCAUCUCCAUCUAGUAAGACUCUUCGACCAGAUUCUAAAUUUAGUAAUCCAAAAAUGCAUGGCUAUGUAAAGCCUUUUAAGUGUUCUAUUUGUGGUCUUAGGUCAAAUUGGAAGUGGGACUUAAAGAAACAUUUGCGAUCUAAACAUCCCGGAGAGGGUGGGUUUGUUAUAAUGUUAUCCAUUGAAGAAGCUUCAUCAACAUAUGGUAAAGAUUGCUCACCUAGCCAUCCAAAACAUGAAGAGUAUCUUCAUAUCCCCAAACAAGGAAGAGGCAAUGGCUCUUCCUCUCUCACUCCGUCUCCUAUACCAGAUCAUUAUCUGUUCAAACAGCCCCCAAGCAUCAAAGCUGAAAUUGUAGCAGAUUAUAAUGAUGAGCAUGAUCAUAUCGAUGACUUUGCAUCCCAUGACUCUCAGUCACCAGAAAAGGAUGAAUCCUCAGACAAUUCAGAAAAGCUCUUGAAAUGCUCAAGCUGCAACUAUGUGAGCAAAUGGAGUAAAUAUAUGUCUCACCACAUCUACAGGAUGCAUUCGAAUGAAGAAUUAGUUCAAGCUGUUCCCAUUAGCAAAGCUGAGGCAGAUUAUUUAAAUAAAGAUUGGGCAGCAAAUGACAGCUGCAAUUCAGAUGCAUUUGGAAAGAAAGAGGAUGACAGUAAUGUCAGUAACGACCAAGAAACAAAACUCUGGGUCUGUCCUAGCUGUUCAUUCCAAUCUCAAGAUAAAGCUCUCAUCAUUGUCCACAUGCAGCAACACUCUAUGAAGCCUUAUGUCUGCAAAAUUUGUAAUUUAGCUUUUGUUAAAAAAAGUGUUUUACAUAAACAUAUUUAUAAAGUGCACAAAACAGAGGAUUACCAUAGUUUGACUAGACUAAAUAUAACUUAUGGCCCUCGCUUACAAAGUAAAAAAGGAAAGUAUGUUAGUUCCUAUUAUUGCCAACUUUGUAAUCAUGAAUCAGAGGACAGAGAAACAAUACUUCUUCAUCUACUAGAUGCGCAUGGUUCUUCUGAAUCUGAAAAUAUUCUUAAAAUACAGAAAUAUGUUACAGAUAGCCCAAUCAAAACACCACAGAAAUUUAACAGAAAGUUUCACUAUUGCAAACUGUGCCCAUUUAGAAGUCAGAAGAAAUCAAUGUUAACAUUUCAUAUGACCUACCACAAGCCCAAUCCAGCCAACAAAUUUAAAUGCAAACACUGCCCUUACUUUGUUAGCACUAAAAGACUGUUGCAUCAGCACCAGAGAAAGUGGCACAAGGAUACCAACAAGUAUUCUUGGGAGCACCAGGAUCAAGUCAGUCCACCCACAUCACCCCACGUCCCUCAUCCUCACAUGGGCCACUAUUCAACUGCUGGCGUGCAGAGACGACACUAUUGUGAAAAAUGUCCCUACACUACCAACAGCCAGAAUGAUUUCAUCUAUCACAAACAGUUUCAUCGCCCUAAGAGAACUGCUGAGUAUAAAUGUGAAUUUUGUGACUAUUGGGUUGUCCACAAGCGACUAUUGAAGCAGCACAUGCGUCUACAUACAAAGAAGAACUCUGAUUAUCUUGGGAUAUCUGACUCCUCACCAACUAAAUCUAUAUACUCAGAUCCUGGCCUGGUAUAUGAUCCUAUAGAAUUGACAGAACUAGCUGCAAUCAAACAGAAAAUGAUUUCAGCCAAAAUAACUAGCAGUCUACCUAAAAGUAAUGGCUCAGAUGCUGAACCAUCCUCCAAAGUUCAUGGAAAAAACUAUGCCGAUGCUACUGGAGAAAGUGCUGAUGACAAAAUAAUGAAUGGCUUUGAACCAGAGCUGCAUUCUAAAGUGGACACACUGCUGCAGAUAACUAGGUUCAAGCGGUUUGGUUGUGAAAGAUGUCCAUAUGCUAGUGCUAAAAGGCAGCAUUUUGAGCGUCAUCUUGAACUUCAUGGCUCCAGACAGAGAUAUACUUGCCAGUAUUGUGACUACAGUGUUCCAUCCAGCAACUUAUUAUUGCAGCACACUAAGCUGCACAUGAUGCCCAAUCAGAAUCUUCUUUCUUCUCAAUCCAUCACCAAUCUUCACCAUCUAACUGAAGUUCCAGCUGAUGUAGCACUAGCAUCAGCAUUACCCCCAGCAGAUACAGAAACCACUGUUACAGUCAGUGUAGUCCAUGACCAUUUGGGACUCUAUGAAAACAGUAUUUAUGACAGUGAGCCUAAGAAACUUUAUCGCUGUGACAGAUGUCCUUAUGCUAAUAUCAGAAGAGAUUAUCUACUCUCUCACUUAAAAUUCCAUAUGGUGCCCAGUGCCUUGAUUUGUCCUUAUUGUGAUUACAGUGCUCCUAAGCAGCCUCUCUUAACUCAGCACAUCCGUGUACACUUUUGUCCACUCCCAGAACUGUCUGACUGGCUCCUUGAAAAUGGUCAGACAGAACGAGAAACCAGCCAGAGGCAUAUUGACCUGGCUGAGGCUUUAAAAGUUGCUCAAGAAUAUCAACAUCAAUCCAAGAAAAAAAGCAAAUCUGUUAGUGAACUAAACAUGACAGCUAAUAGUGAACUAAACAUGACAGCUAAUAGUGAACUAAACAUGACAGCUAAUAGUGAAAAAGAGAAAGCAGUCACUGAAGGUGAGAGUGGUGAAAUGAAUUCUGCAAUCACUGAAAAUGGUGAAAGAAAGUCUAUUGUUACUGAAAGUGAAGAUGUCCAAGCAAAAUCUGACAUGACUGUUGAUACAGCUGAUAAAACAAAUUCUUCUGUCACUUUAGAAGAAAGUGUCAGUUUUCAAGAGAGUGAAGGAAAGGAAAAUGUUCAGAAAUCUCUGCUGCUAUGUGUUUGCCAGUACUGUGAUAGAGAGUUCUUGAGUUCAGAAAAGCUUGUCAAACAUGAACUCCAACAUUUGAUAGGCAAUCAAUUUGAAUUAAGAGAAUAUUUAUACUUUCAUAAAUUUACCAAACUGAAGGAUACUGUGCAAGUUUUACAAAAUCAAACAUCUCCUCAUCGUCAGGCAUCAGCGGGGCAUAAGCAAGUGGGCCGAAAAACCAGCAGCAGGGUAGACCGAGCCAGGAGAAAGAAAAAUGGUGUAAACUCCAGAGCACAGAAACUAUCUGCCACUUCGGCAACCAAUAAUAAUAGUGAGGUUCUUUCUGACCCUCCAGAUGUUGAGCCCUUGGCUAGCACUGAGAUUUCCAGUAGUCCUGUCAGUUUGAACACAGACAAAGAAAAGCCUGUAGAUGAUUCUAACAUAGGAAAAACUCAGAGGGAUGAAAUCAUACAACUUGGCACAUCUAAUGAGAGACAGAUGGACAAGUCUAGGGACACUGCAUCCCACAAUCUGAAAUGCAAUAAAAGCUGUAGUAUAUCAGCUUUACCAGAAAGCAACGAAAGUGUUUCAAAUGUGCCAGUCAGUGAGAAAAUGCAAUUAGAUAAAGACAACAAUCAAGGUGCAAAGCAAAGUGAAGAUGAUAAACUACAAGAAACCAAAGACCUUGAAGAGUCACAGGUCAGUGAAAACCAUCAAGAUAAAAAAGAGCAGGUAUCUGAAGACAUUAUAGUGGCUAGUGAAAAAAAGCAAGACAAGGAUAAUGAAGACAUUAGUGCAGAGACGGCUACCUGCAGUCAAGUUGAAACUAGAAUAGAAAUCAAUGGAUGUGAGAAAUCUAAACAAGAAACAAGAGUAGGUAACGUAAGUGAGAUCAAAGGUGUUAAGGCUAAUGCCAAUGUAGAAACCUGUCAAUCUGAUGUGGAUGCUGUUGUUACUUCAGAUCAGGCUAAUGUUGAUGAGACCUGUAGAACUACACUUUCAAUUGACAGUUUGUCAGAAGAAAAGGUAGAAACAAUUGAUUCUUGUCCCAUGGAAGUAGACUGAUCCCCCAAACAAAAUACUCUUUAAGUAAACUACAAAGAAUAUAGUUGAAUGAAGUCUAAGAGCUCUAUUACUCCAAGCCACACUUCCACUGGUGACUGUUGAUAGUUUGAAGGUAAAGACACUAGUGCAUAAUAAAUACACUCUAGUAUUGUACUUAUUUCUUAAAGCUCUGGAAGCAACAGAGUAAUGGAUGCAUAUGUAAAUAAUCUUUUUUUUCUUUAUAUUUAUGUUGUGUGCUGCUUUGAUCUACUUGUGUGCUAUAACAUUUGUAUACUCAAUGUUGUACCUAGUUUAUUCAUACCUAGAGUAUUUUGAAAGUAGCAAAGUAUUUGCCUUGUUUUGUGUACCGUAUAUUGAUUUCAGAUUUUAGCAAAGAUUAACAGGUAAAAACAUUAUUUUGAUGAAGAAAUUUCAUGAGAUGUACAAGAAAUACAUAAACUACAUCCAUGUGUACACAUAGUUAUGGUACAUUUAUUUACUGCUUCGGUAGUUCCUAAGGAACUAGCAAUGGUAAACUCAAUAACUUAGCAAACAUAACAUUUAGUUAAUGUAAGUUGAAUUGAUGUACAGAUAUUAUCUGUGCAACUUUUGAAACAAAAGUGUUUUUGUUUUGUUACAUGUUUAAAAGUGGCAUAACACAGAAUGUGAUAUAUAUAUAUAUAUAUGUGCUAGGGUGAUUGUUUAACAUUGCCUCUCCUAAAGACUGGGACUAUACAACUAGGUAACCUUUCCCCUUCUGAAAACUUUAGAGGCUAUAAACACUUUUCUAUGUAAAGAAUAUUAUUUUUACAAACAAAAAAAAUCUUUAGUUUUACAUUGGGUAUCUGAUUACAUUUCAGAUCCUGUUUGGACACUAUAAAACCUGAUUAAAAUCUAUCUAUAGGUUAUAAAAAGGUUCAGUCUUAUAGUUACGAAGAUUCUUAGAAUAUUUUGUUAUGAUGACUGAUAUUGUCAUCUUGUAUGUGUCCUAGAAAGUGUUUCUUUGAAAUCUGACAUUGAUUAUCCUGUUCAAUUGUGUAUAUUGUUAAAAGUCAACAGAACUCAGAAUAAAUCCAAAUGUAAACCAACAUACAAGAAUGUUUUGGCAAAAAAGUGAAUUCUUCUACAGAUGUGCGUCUGAGUAUUUCACUACUGACUGUGUCAGUGUAAUAGAGGUAACAUAGACUUGGUAUUUGUAUUUUGAUUGUAUGCUCAAUCUGUAUGUUUAGUUUCUUGGCAAUAUUAUCUUUCAUACAAUACAUGAAACAGUCUUUGUCUUUUUUUAUAUAUAUUAAUAUAAAUGUGAACACUUGCUAUACUCUUUUCUCUUAAUUGACGAUACCAUCGUUGAUUUGACCUCAUUAAAUUAUGUUUAAUUUUAUAAACUUCA